AACUAGAAAGAGAAAUUGAGAAGAAAAAUUCUAGAGAGAGAGUAAACUAAAGAAGAGUCAAACCCUUUAAUCUUGUGUUCUUAUUGCUCUUUUGUCUUUUAAAUCAUUUUCGUCAAUCAAAAUCCAAAUCUCGAAUUUUCAAUUCAACCCAAAUUCCCCAAUUGGCAAAAUAAAAAAACCCCAUCAAUUAGCGUGUUCUUAUAAUCAUAUCAUAAGCCUUCAUAGCAACGAAUCAUCGUUCCAAUAUUCUCAACUCUUUAUCUGUGUUCUUUCUUCUCCUUUUUGCGGUGAUACAUAGCUCGCAUCUCGUUCAUCUACUUCGUCGAUUUCUUUGAAUUUCGGAUGUGGUUGGUUACACUGCGAUGUUGAACAAUCAAGCGGAUUUUUCAGGUAAAACAACGCAGUAGAGUAGUCGGAAUUGUGUGAAAUGGGAGGGGUUUGUACUGGUGGAACGUUGAAGCGGAGCGUAGCGGCGGAGUAUGGCGGUGAUAAGGGGAUUUUGGGGUUUUCAGGGAAGUUGAAAUCGGCGACGAGUUUUAGUCGGCAGACGAAGAAGAAUGAUUAUGAUGAUUCAGGUUUAUAUUCUUCUUAUUCACAUCAUGAUAAUGAUGAUGAUGAUGAUGAUGAUGUUUAUCAUAGGAGGAUAACUCCUUAUGAUUCUGGCGAACUGAUGUUCUCCAUUUCAAGAGAAUUGAAACCAUCUACUCCAGCUAGGGUUGGGGCUAUCAAGGCACCUCAUGUGAGCACAUUUCUUGGAAAAGUGGGUAGUGUAGGUCUUGAAGUGUUGGAUACAUUAGGAAGUAGUAUGAUAAAUUUGAAUGCUAAUAGUGGAUUUGUAUCAAAUAUGGCUUCAAGAGGAAAUAAAGUAUCAAUCCUUGCAUUUGAAGUAGCUAACACCAUUGUUAAAGGCUCCAAUUUAAUGCAAUCACUUUCUCAAGAAAACAUCAAGACUCUUAAAAAAGAGAUUUUGCAUUCAGAAGGCGUUCAGCUUUUAGUUUCCACAGAUUCAAAGGAGUUGUUACGUAUUGCAGCUUCUGACAAGAGGGAGGAACUUGAUGUGUUUUCUAGAGAGGUUGUGAGGUUUGGGGAUAUGUGUAUAGAUCCACAAUGGCAUAAUUUGGGUCGGUUUUUUUCGAGAUUGGAUACAGAUCUGUUAACAAAUCAACAGCUAAGAGAGGAGGCGGAAAUUACUAUGCAAGACUUGACCAAUCUUGCUCAAUAUACUUCGGAAUUAUAUCAUGAGUAUCAUGCUUUAGGAAGAUUUGAACAAGAUUACAGACGUAAGCUUGAGGAAGUUGAAGCCUUCAAUCUUCCCCGAAAAGGAGAGAGUCUCUCAAUCUUACAUAGUGAUGUAAAACAUCAAAGAAAACUCGUGAGAAGCUUGAAAAAGAAAUCUCUUUGGUCUAAAAGUUUGGAAGAGAUUGUGGAGAAGCUUGUAGAUGUUGUCACCUACAUUCAUCAAGCAAUUGUGGAAGCUUUUGAUGAAAAUGAUCCAAGUUCAACAAUGAAUGGCAAAGAGGCCCUGAAAAAGCCUGAAACAUUAGGUGUUGCAGGUCUUUCUUUACAUUAUGCCAACUUAAUCACUCAAAUGGACAACAUUGCAUCUCGCCCUAUUUCAUUACCUCCUAAUAUUAGGGACAAUUUAUACAACGGUUUACCAACAAAUGUCAAGACAGCUUUAAGAUCUCGCUUGCAAGCACUUGACACCAAAGAAGGGAUGACAAUGCCUCAAAUCAAGGCAGAAAUGGAAAAAACACUCCAAUGGCUGGUUCCAGUAGCUACAGAUACCACCAAAGCGCAUCAAGGUUUUGGAUGGGUGGGAGAGUGGGCAAACACAUGCAAUGAUUUUGGGAAGAAGACAACAGGGAGCAACAAUGUUAUCCGGCUUCAAACACUUUAUCACGCUGAUAAACAGAAAAUGGAUCGAUACAUACUUGAAUUAAUCAUCUGGCUUCACCGUUUAAUAAGCCUUGUGAGAUUCAGAGACAAGGUUCCAAAAUACGUUCCUGCUCGAUCUCCACCUCCACCGAGUAACAAUGGCGUUGUCGUAGAUCCAUCUCGAUUGAAAAAUACUGGAAAGAUUCAACGCAUUCAGAUCUCAUUGGAAGAUCGGAAUCUUCUGGAGGAGGUGAUGAAGCGAAGGAUGUUGGUUCCUGGAAUCAGCAAAAGUCAGGAAUUCGUGAUGGUGAAGAAGAACAGAUUGAAGGGUUUUGCAUCGAGAUCGAGUCGAAGCAUGGGGAGCUCGCCUAGGAGGGAAUUAGGGUACACGAAUGCCGAUAUGUUGGAUGUUUUGGAUGGAUUGGGUACAAGUUUUUGAGCUCUUGGUACAUAUAUAUACAUUUCAAGGUUAGAUGGAUGGAUUGGGUACAACUUUUUGAGCUGUUGAUACAACACAUGCUUUGCAUCUUAAUUAUAUGUGUAUAUAUCAUAUAAUAUAAUCUUAUAUCGUAAUACAUACAUGAGGUGGGUGUACUAAAAAUUAUAUGAGAUUAUGUUGUGGGUUGAUUUUUUUUUAUUUGU